GUUUGUGCUCAAUAUAUCCUUGACUUGAAGAAUUAUUAGAUUGUCCUAUUUAAACAAUUUCAUUUAACGCGGUUGUUUUUCGCUCGUCUCAUAAAUUAAUAUUGUCGUAAAUUUGUACGUAAUCAUUAUUCAUAUAUUAACAGUGAUUGUAUAGUGAAGUGUAAUUACAAUACGUCUCAAUAGUAGAUCUGUAUUUAGAUUAUUUAUAUUGUAUCGCUCAGUCGCAAUUGUGACGCUGGUUAGUGCGCACGCGUCAAACACCAAAAUAAAAACAGUGAAAGUGAUUAAGUGUAUAUAAUAGUGAUUGGUGCAUAGUGUGGUGCGGAUGCAUUUGCGGUAGCGAUUGCGCGUAAUGGAGAGCGCAGUGCAUGCAGCGGUCCCGCUGCGGGUCGGGAAGAAAAUGAGGAAACGGCGAGAGUUGGAUGCCUUGGUGGGUGGUGGUGGAUCAAGAAGUGGUCGCCUACUGUCAGCGUCUAGCGACGAAGGCGAGCCCUGGGGAAGACGUACGACUCGUCGCCGCCGCUCCCGCCCUUUCGUCCGCCUCGCUGCCGCUCUGGCUCUAUGUGUGUGCGUUGUUUCUGCAGCAACUGUGUUAUGGCUCUUCGUCGAUGUACGGCGACAAAUUGUUUCACUACGGAUGGAAAUGGAUAGAGUUUCAACAAGCAGCAGCAGUGUCGGUGACGCACUACAAGUGUGCCAUACCGCUGCCAAAGAGCUGCGGGCGAACGCGACCGAUUUCAAUGUGCGGCUCGCCAAAUUGGAACAGGAGCACCAGGAUCUCGCCAAGCGGGUCGAAGAAGCCGGUGCCACGAUAGCUGCAGUGUCAGACAAACUCGCCGCAGCGCCAAUGUUGGCAGAUACGCCGAAGCGGUUGGCGGAGUUGCAGCGGACAGUUGCCUAUUUCGGCUCACAGAUCAAGGGUUAUGAUACUUCAAUAGAAAGUGCCCACAAACAAGCCUUAAACGCAGCGAUGGGUGUAGAGGACAUCAAAAACCUUUUACAGCAGUUACAUGCAAAAGCCAAUGAGACUAUCGCCAAUGUUUCGGCGAACAUGAAGGCAGAAGACGAAUUGAAAGCACAAGUCGCAGCCCUCAAUAACACACUCACAGCUAGAGUGGAAGCUCUGCAAACCAAAGUGCAGGAGAUUAGCAAGUCAACGAGUACACCGGCUCCUGUCGCAACGUCCACGACGACGACAACUACUGCGGCGCCGGUGACUUCUUCAGCACCAGCGAUCACUACGCCGCCAGGCUCACCAGCGAAACCAAGUGUAUUACAAUGAGGGAACAAAACAACAUUCCGUGUUCGAAGUGAACGUUUUAAGAUGGUUGCUCACGAGUUGAUCUCAAGACAUGUUACGUCCACACGACAAUUAUACGACUAUAGGAGUGUUCGGCUGAAUUCGUAGUGAAAAGGAAACCCUCCAAAUCCUAAUUUAAGGUGUUAGAUCGAAGCUCGAUUAUUUUGUGGCGGAAAAUUAGUAGUGCCCACUUUUUAUGGUAUGGCAUUUGUAGGCUUAAAGUGCUAUUUUACAACAGAUUAAGCGCGCGGAUUAUAAAGUUAUGUAAUGUGUUCAUACCAAAAAUUCUCAUUUUAAAGAGAUUAACAAUGUUUUUUAUAAGAUGAACUAAUAAUUAUAAUUUAUGAAGUUGAAACAUGCAGUUUAUAACGUUAUUAAUAUUUGAAAAUAUUACAAAGCGCCAUCUGGUGCCAGACUUAGCAGAGCUUGUAUUAUAGUAGGUAUUAGACAAUUGACAUAAAUACUGAAUUUUUUUCGUAAAUAUAUGAAUACAAAUGUUUGUAUUGUACGAGAAUCGAACCUAGAACAUGAAUUUAAUCGUAAUGAAUAUCGGAAUAUACACGAUGCAGAUAUGGAACUAAAUCAUAUUGACCUCAAUACCUCAAUUUAUAAUAAAAAAAUUUAAAGCUUAUAUUUGCUUUAAACAUAUAAACAAUUUUGUCAUUUUGAUAUUUGGUCGGCUAUAUGUGUGUUCCAUGGAGCGGUGUCGGUUAUGCGGAUAUCCCGUAAUACUCAGUCGGUUCAGGAUCAAUCAUGAUCAAGUUAGAUCAUGUACAUCUGGAUAGAGAAUCAAAAACCAAACAUUGGCGUAAGCCAUGAAAGAAAGAGACUAUAAAGAAUAAAUGCAUAAGUUUGAAAAUACAAUAUUAAUAAUAAAAAAAAACGUUUUUAAAAAAAUUUUGGCCUUUUUUGUCCAACAUUUUUACGUAGACUAUCUACAAUGUAGAGAUUUUACAUGAUAUUAAAUUAUAGUAGGCUAUUAUUCCUACAUUCGGCAAUUUAUUACGCUCAGACUCGUGCCGUUCGAUGUAAAUCCUCCUGAUGACAAAUGUUUAAAAUUUUGGUUUGAAAAUAUUACACAGCUUUUAAAUAUUGUUGGGAAUUAACACAUUAGUGAGUAGUGAAGUAAGACAGUCGAUUGGUAUGUUAAGUGGUAUAACGUAACUAUGAUGAGCCAUAUUUAUAGUCAAUGUAAUGUUAACUUGAAACUUUGACGAAAACAGUGGUGUAAGUUGUAUAGCUUUACAGUCUCCCAUUAUGCUCACCUAGGAAAGCAGUACAAUAACACAUUAUUUACAUUUAUAAUUAAAAGGAAUAAUAUUAAUAAGAUUAAAAUAUCAUACAACAACAUAAUAAUAAUAGAAAUAACAUUUAUAUCUUAAAUAUCUAAAUACUCAGUGGUCAUUUGACGAAACUCCGGCAAUUUGGAGGCAAAUACAUUUAAUUGUGAACACUGGCCUAAAACAUCGUUGAGUAUUAUCAAUGUAAGUGAGAGGGAUGCUUGCUUGGCCAGCUCUGUUUUUCUUAACGUAAUAUCAAAUAAGUGCCGCCUAUGUGGACGCACGUAGUUACUUGCCCGUGGUUAUCAACUAACAGACUAGCCCCAUUAAUCAAGUAACAAAUGCAUCUAUCGAAAAACAAAUUUUUAAUAACAUAAUUUAAAAGUCAAGUGUCCUCCAAAGCACGAAUACUUUUUAAAACAUUCUAAAAAUGAAAAAUUAAAUUUAGAAGUUUAAUUUAAUAAUGAUCCCAAAUAUUAUACAAGGUUAGUAUUAAAAUUGUUUUCCAACGAUUUUAUAUACUUAUGUAUUUUAUUUCAUUGCAGCACUGUUUUCAGCCAAAGUCGGAUAGUUUGGCCUUAAUAAUUUAAUUUUGUUGACGUUGUAUAAACUCGUAAUGUGAUGAAACGUUAAAUGGUCAAUACGCAUUUUUUGAGUUUACAAAGUGACCGUGUUGAACAUUUUGCGUUUCUUUUAUAAACUAAAUUGAUUGAUAUAUUUUAUGAGAAACUCGUAAGGAUUCGCCAAAAAGCCGAAAUAUAAUUAUGAUAUGCAAUAACGGCGAAUUUGAGACCUCAAUAUAAUACCAAUGUAAAUAAUUUAAUAUUAUAAUUGUAAUUUAUAACUCGAGAGUAGAUUAUAAAGGUCGCACUGAGUGUUUGCAGUUGUCUGAGUGUGAGUUUUAUUACUUGUAAUAAAUUAUUGUUAAUAGAUCAAUUAUUAUUACAUAACAGC